AUGAGCGUGGAUGCGUAUGGACCAAGCUCUCAAACGCUCACGUUUUUGGAUACCGAAGAAACGGAUCUUAUUGGGGCUGAUACUCAAGGGUCUGAAUUCGAGUUCACAGAUUUUACUUUACCAUCCCAAAGUCAAACGCAGGCAUCUCAACAUGACCAUGGCCUGCCCUCUGCCAAUCAGGUUAAUGGCUUGGGGAGAUCGGACAUUAAUUCAAAAUUGGCAAGUGUAACCAAUGCAAUUGCUGAAUUGCAAUUUGAGGAAGAUGAUGAAGCUCUGUAUAGUAGCAAGGAAUUGCCUGAUCAUGCUUGCAAAUACUGUGGCAUACAUGACCCAUCUACUGUGGUCAUGUGCAACAUUUGCAACAAAUGGUUUUGCAAUGGCCGUGGAAAUACAUCUGGAUCCCACAUAAUUAAUCAUUUGGUGAGAGCUAAGCAUAAGGAAGCAGCAUUGCACCGUGAUGGACCUCUUGGAGAAACCCUACUUGAGUGUUACUCUUGUGGAGCACGGAAUGUCUUUGUUUUAGGAUUUAUCCCUGCUAAAGCUGAUUCAGUUGUUGUUUUGCUAUGCAGGCAACCAUGUGCCGCUCAAAGCUCCUUGAAAGAUAUGAACUGGGAUCAAGAACAGUGGAAGCCUUUGAUUUCGGAUCGAGCAUUUCUAUCAUGGCUAGUCAAGGUACCGUCUGAAGCUGAACAGAUGAGGGCACGUCAGGUAACACCUCAACAAAUAGGGCGCUUAGAAGAACUUUGGCGCGACAAUGUGGAUGCAACAUUCCAGGACUUGGAGAAACCUGGUGUAGAUGAGGAGCCUCAUCAAGUUUUGUUAAGAUAUGAAGAUGGCUACCAAUACCAAAACAUUUUUGGCCCAUUGGUUAAACUUGAGGCGGAUUACGACAAGCGGCUCAAGGAAUCACAGACCCAAGAAGGUAUUGAAGUCCGCUGGGAUGUGGGACUUAAUAAAAAGACCAUUGCCUACUUCACUCUGGCAAAAACUGACAGUGACAUGAAACUUAUGCAUGGAGAUGAGUUAAGAUUGAGAUAUGUAGGCGAGUUGCACAAGGCGUGGUCCGGCGUGGGUCACGUGAUCAAGGUGCCCGAUAACUACGGCGAUGACGUCGGUCUAGAACUAAAGAGCGGCGCCGGCGCACCACUGGAUUGCACUUCCAACUUUGUCGUAGACUUCAUUUGGAAGAGUACUUCUUUUGAUCGAAUGCAACUAGCACUGCGGAAAUUUGCGGUCGACGAGUCAUCGGUCUCGGGAUACAUCUACCGACGACUUUUGGGACAUGAGGUGGAAGAAGUAUUGUUCCGAGUGCAUCUGCCUAAACACUUCAGCGCGCCCAACUUGCCUGAUCUUAACCGAUCUCAGGUAUAUGCUGUUAAGCACGCCCUGCAACGUCCACUUUCCUUGAUCCAAGGUCCACCUGGAACUGGAAAAACUGUGACUUCAGCCACUAUUGUUUAUCAACUUGUGAGGCAGAACGGUGGUCCGGUACUUGUCUGCGCACCUUCCAACACUGCGGUAGACCAACUCACUGAGAAAAUUCAUAGAACUGGACUCAAAGUAGUUAGGCUCUGCGCAAAGUCCCGUGAAGCUAUGGAGUCGUCCGUCUCUUUUCUGGCCCUACACGAACAGGCAAGAGUUUUAGGGUCAGCUGAUAGUGAGCUCCGCAAACUUACAAGAUUGAAGGAGGAAGCUGGUGAAUUAUCCGCAGCUGAUGAACGCAGAUACCGUGCCUUACGUCGGGCCGCAGAAAGAAGACUCUUGGAUGCUGCUGACGUUGUCUGCACCACUUGCGUCGGAGCUGGAGAUCCUAGGGUGGCGAGAAUGCGCUUCCAGUCCAUUCUUAUUGAUGAAGGCAUGCAGUCCACUGAGCCGGAGUGUAUGGUACCAGUUGUGCUCGGAGCUAGACAGCUGAUCCUCGUCGGAGAUCAUUGCCAGUUAGGCCCAGUCGUGAUGUGCAAGAAAGCGGCCAAGGCAGGACUUAGCCAGAGCUUGUUCGAGCGUCUUGUCGUACUCGGCAUCAGGCCAUUCCGCCUCGAAGUUCAAUACCGUAUGCACCCGGAACUAUCGCGUUUCCCGUCAGAUUUCUUCUAUGAAGGUUCCCUGCAAAAUGGAGUAAGCGCUGAAGAAAGACGCCUGCACAAAAUUGACUUCCCGUGGCCGAGACCAGAUCGACCCAUGUUCUUUUAUGUGACUCAAGGACAAGAAGAAAUCGCCGGGUCGGGAACAUCUUAUCUGAAUCGUACCGAGGCCGCUAAUGUUGAGAAACUUACAACUCGCUUUUUGAAGGCUGGUGUGAGACCAGAACAGAUCGGUAUCAUCACGCCAUACGAGGGACAAAGAUCUUACCUAGUACAGCACAUGCAGUACCAAGGAAGCUUACACGCGAAGCUUUAUCAAGAGAUUGAAGUGGCAAGCGUGGACGCAUUCCAAGGCCGAGAGAAGGACAUCAUUAUAAUGUCGUGCGUCCGUUCCAAUGAACAUCAGGGAAUUGGAUUUUUAAGCGAUCCGCGCCGUUUAAACGUUGCCUUGACCCGAGCCAAGUACGGUUUGAUUGUUGUCGGCAAUCCUAAAGUAUUAAGCAAGCAGCCACUAUGGAAUCAUCUCCUGGCAUUUUACAAAGAACGUCGCGUGCUAACCGAAGGACCGCUGUCGAACCUAAAAGAGUCCGCAAUACAGUUCGCCAAGCCGAAAAAACUAGUGAACGCUCAGAAUCCCGGGUCGCACUUUAUGUCGACGUCCAUGUUUGACGCCCGCGAGGCUAUGGUCCCGGGGUCUAUCUACGACAGAGCGAGACCAUUGAGAGAUCCGUUAGCGUACGUCGGCCCAGAGCGGGCGGCGAUGUUACACGCGCCCGUGCCGCCGGCCGCUUUCUCCGCCCAUCGAGGUCUCCAACGCCCGCCGAUGAACAUGAACCAACGAAGCAGGAAGCGUCCGCCCCGAUUAUCGCAGGAGCCGUUGUCCCAGCAAGCGCCGCUGUCGCUGUCCCAGGGAGCGUCCCAGCCGGACUUCAGUCAGGAAUCCCUCGCGCCGGACUGUCCGUCCCAACCGGACGGCCUCCUGUCCCAGGACUCCACAUACCAGGGCGGGUUCCGCGCGCGAAGCCAGUACUGA